GUGAUCCACCGCUCCCGGUUCUCCGCUGCCUUCACAUGCGUCCCCACCGACAACGCGUAGCGCUGGCUGCGCCAAGAUGAGCGGUCCUCCUGGUACCAUCUGAACACCGCCUGCCUGAUCUGGAUCCGGGGAAAGAGACAUCCAAACAGCCAGAGAAAAAAGAAAAACAGACCUUCUCUCCUCUCUCACAACCCAUCUUCCGUUCGCUUGGAAGCACUGUAUUUCUUUCGGCAUCUUUUCCCUUAUCACCCCUCCUCCGCCUCCGCCUCCGCCUCCUCUUUUUACUGCAUCCCCUCCGUUAUUGUCGGUUAAAAGGAGAAACCGGAGAGCCCGCUUGUGGAAAUACAAUUUUUUUUGCAUUUCUUCCCCCUGCCUAGUGUUGGUAGCGCGCUGUCGGUGCGCGCUUUGCAAAUUCCGGUGAAUGGUGGAUUUGGCAAACAUGGAGACCGUGGAGAAGGAAUGCGGGGCCCUCGGGGGUUUAUUCCAGGCGAUUGUCAACGACAUGAAGUGCUCCUAUCCUGUUUGGGAGGACUUCAGCGCCAAGGCCACCAAGCUGCAUUCCCAGCUCCGAACCACGGUGCUGGCUGCUGUAGCCUUCCUGGAUGCCUUUCAGAAGGUGGCAGACAUGGCUACCAACACCAGAGGGGCAACCAGAGAUAUCGGUUCAGCUCUAACCAGGAUGUGCAUGAGACAUCGCAGCAUCGAGGCCAAACUUCGCCAGUUCACCAAUGCGUUGAUGGAGAGUUUGAUCAAUCCUCUCCAGGAUAAGAUUGAGGAUUGGAAGAAGACAGCCACCCAGCUAGAUAAAGAUCAUGCCAAAGAGUACAAGAGGUCACGCCAUGAGAUCAAGAAGAAGUCAUCUGACACCACGAAGCUGCAGAAGAAGGCUCGUAAAGGGCGAGUUGACCUGCAGCCCCAGCUGGACAGUGCCAUGCAGGAUGUGACUGACAUGUGUCUGCUGAUGGAGGAGACAGAGAAACAGGCAGUGCGCCGGGCCCUGGUGGAGGAGAGGGGUCGCUUCUGCACAUUCAUUGGCUUCCUGCAGCCUGUUGUGAAUGGAGAGAUUGCCAUGCUGGGAGAGAUCACACACCUCCAGGCCAUCAUUGAUGACCUCACUGUGCUGACAACUGAUCCUCACAAACUGCCACCAGCUAGUGAACAGGUGAUAAAGGACCUGAAGGGGUCAGAUUACAGCUGGUCCUAUCAGACCCCCCCCUCAUCCCCCAGCAGCUCCUGCUCCCGCAAGAGCAGCAUGUGCAGCAGCGUCAACAGCGCCCACAGUAGUGCUUCCCGUUCAUCAGGGGGAGGCGGUGGUGGUGGUUUUGGUGGAGGGGGUGGAGGCUCCCAGCCCCACUCACCCACCUCAUCCUCCUCCUCCUCCUCCUAUCGCUACCGCAGCAACCUGCCGCAUCAACCCCUACCACCGGGGGGCAUAGCGGCACACCGCCUCAGCAGCGUCUCCUCCCACGAUUCGGGCUUCGUGUCCCAGGAUGCAAACAUCUACUCCAAGCCCCCCUCGCCCAUGCCCUCGGACAUCACUAGCCAGAAGUCGUCCAGCUCAGCAUCAUCCGAGGCCUCAGAAACAUGCCAAUCAGUCAGUGAAUGCAGCUCCCCCACCACUGAUUGGUCCAAAGCAGGUCAGUAUGAGCAGCCAGUGGCGGCAGCGGCAGUUCCGAGAAGAAAGGAACCGCUCGAUAGACUGAGGGAGAACGAGAUGUCGCCGGUCUCCCAGGGAUACGCCACACCUACACAGCCCGAGGACGCGCAGAGACACAGGAUGACCCCGGCUAACAUCGCGUCCAAGCAUGGAGAUGAGGUUUCUCCAGCAGCCAGUGACCUGGCCAUGGUUCUGACCAGAGGACUGAGUAUGGAGCAGCAGAAGAGCAACAGGGACUCUCUGCAGUACUCCAGUGGCUACAGCACAGAGACUACAACCCCAUCCUGCUCUGAAGACACAAUCCCCUCCCAAGGUUCUGACUAUGACUGCUACUCAGUGAAUGGUGAUGCUGAAGGUGCAGACGGCCAGACAGAGUUUGACAAGUCCUCCACCAUUCCUCGCCAUUCUAACAUCGCUCAGAACUACCGCCGGAUGAUCCAGACCAAGAGACCAGCGAGCACAGCCGGAUUACCCAGUGGGGUUCUAGGUCCUGGGGGUCAUGUUAUAGCAGGUGGAGGUUCAGGUACUCCAGGCACUGCCACCAUCCGCCGAACCCCGUCUACAAAACCGGGCGUGAGGCGCACACUGUCCAGCGCGGGGCCUAUUCCAAUCCGACCACCCAUUGUGCCUGUCAAGACACCAACUGUUCCAGGAGACUCGCAUUCACCUGGCGCAACUGCUGGGUACGCAGGUGGAGCACACUCAGGCGGCGUGCCUGUACGUGUGGGCAGUGAGGAGUGUGUGUUCUUUACUGGAGUCGAGGAUGCACAGGGAGCACUUGAUUAUGUGAAGGCAUCACCUAAGCGCCUCAGCCUGCCUAAUACCGCCUGGGGAUCAGGGGCGGCGUUAGAGAUCUACACCCAGCAGCAUGGAGGCAUUGCCAUGGGAACAGGUCCAGGGGCCGGGUCAGAGGAGGAUCAGAUGAUCGCGGCCAAUCGGCACAGCCUAGUGGAAAAGAUUGGCGAGUUAGUAGCCAGUGCACAUGCCCUUGGAGAAGGGCAGUUUCCUUUCCCUGCCCUUCCUGAUGACCCGGCCCUGCAGCCAACCGGCCCAACCAAUAGUGAGACAGGGACAGAGGGGGCAGAAGGGUCCGGUGACAUGUUGACCACCAUCAGGAGAGGGGUCCGUCUCCGCAAGACCGUAUCCAAUGAUCGCUCGGCACCACGUAUCUUGUGAUUCGAGGAGAAGCAGGAAGAAGAUGAUGCUUGUCAGCCAAUAGGGAGUCAGGUGUUGGUGUGGUGUAACCCAACAGCUUAGUACAUACACAAACACUUAACUAUGUAGGGAAAGCUAUAAUAUAACAGAAGAUGAAUAAAAACAUACACAAAAAAUAAGUUUAAUGACACCAUUAGAGUAAAUGAUAUAUAAUAUAAUGAUAAUAACAUUAAUGAUAAUAACUCAUGGUGACAAAUACAAGUGAAAUACUGAAUAUUGACAGGCUCCUAGCAGGCCACUAUAACUAGUGUAUGUUGGACGCAUGUUUGUCUUCUCUACACCUUCACCCAGGGACGAAAAACAGAUACGAUAAAAAAAAAGCAAAGAGAGAAAUGACUGGGUUUUGUUUGUCGAUCACACCUUUCCCCAUCCUCUUCUCCAACCAACCCGACUGUCUACUCUUAGAUAAAAGACUAAUGGCUGAUGGAGGUCCCUGUGGGGGUGAUUCAGAGGGGAGGGGUCAGAGUGCCAUGUGACCAGCUGGAUUAGAAUCCAGGCUAUCUCAGCAGCGACAUACUGUACUUAUUAGCCCACUGAACUUUAGCUUUGGUAUUAGCACGGGGAGCUAACAGGCCAGAGGUCCCCUCUGGUUCAUCCUAAUGUAAAAGAGUGUUUAAAAAAAUACUGUUGGCAUUGAACCGUGCUAGUUCCCCCUUCCCCUCUCUGGUGUGUGUGUGUGUGUGUGUGGUGCAUUCAUUUGUAUGCAUGUGGGCAAAGGCGAGUGUGUGUGCACAUGUGAUUGAUUGUUUGUGGGUGCGAGAGGGGGGUGGGUAGAGCUCUGCUGCAGGACAGCUGGUUACCCAAUGAGGGCAGGGCUUUUCUCCUGUGUGUUGUAUGUGUAUUUUCUUGUUUAUAUCGUGACGUCAUUUACCUUGUUACAACUGUACGAGAAGUAAUCCAGGCGUAUAGAUAUAUUCAUAUAUAUUUUCUAGAACCAGAGAGAAAAUGUAAAAUCAGAAAUGGAGCAAUAAAUGUGUUUUAUUUUCUUGUUUCUAAGAAGAAGAUAGAUGGAGGAAUGUGAGUUCUCCUUUAUCACAUUCAGGCAAUCAUCAGGAAUGCUAAAUUACAUGUUGACUGUGAAUUCAUGCCUCACCACUUAGGUGUGUCUCUCUCCCUGUCGCUUUCUCUUUCUGGUGGAGGAAAUGGAUUUAAAAAAUGUUGAAAAACACAUAAACUGUAAAGCACUUUGAUAGGUGGUAGAGUAUGUACAAUAGCUGCUCAAUGUUGCUGUAGUCAUACCUUAUGCAAGGGAGAGAGAAAGUGAAAGAGAUGGUUGCCAAUGAUAGGGAGGGGAAUUAUUUAAUGUGUUGUAGAAGACAGGGAGGGACAAAAAGGAAGUGAUAAAGACUGGUGGAAUUGAAGUGAUUGGUCGAACGAGAGCAGGGAUGAGAAAGUUGGGCAAAAAUAUUUAUCUAAAAUUGGAUUGGACAUCAGAGCUCUUCAGGGUUCUACAAGCCAUAGUGCUACGGUGGAUUGUGAAUUAAGUGGUUGCACUCAACGCAUAAUGCAAAAAAAUACACUGAACAGAUAGGUGAGAGUACUUUGGGAUACAGGCUUUAAAAGGUCACUUGACCAAUAUGACAAAAACAGUUGGCCCAUAUGAUAGAUUAGGGAAAUUAAAGAAUGUAAUGGAAAUGAAGGACUCAAUUAGUUAUUCUUCAUUUUCACACAUGUACAUGCGCACAGCAAUGCACAUACAAUGACAUUGAUUUACUGCAUUUAACCAAUGCAUUUAUUGGCAGCCGUGGGCAAUGAAUUGUUACCUGUAAAUACUGUAUUUCCUUGCAUUAUGAAAAAGCUGAGCAGCUGCCUUUUGCCCAAGAUUGGCUCCUCAAGUUUUAUUUAUAAGGACACCAUACAACAAAGCUGAUACAUCGUACAGAGGAUUAUAUUUGCAAUAAGGUUACCAUAGGAAACAAAAAAUGACUUUGAGGGAGAGCAUGCACAGUAAGUUGCACAGUGUUGGGCAGUGGUUAGCUGAAAGCUAGCAAUUAGAAGCUCUGAGUUUGGCCAGGCCUUUAGUUGAAGAUAGGAUUUAUCUUUAGGUACAAUCAAUUUAAAACUCACCGCUUUUGAUGAUGAGUAAUGUGUAGUUUAACAAAAAAUUAAACUUGCCCAACACUGUUUAUUUAAUUGAGGGAUAUCCCCUGUUUGUGUAUCUAAUGCUAAGCUAAAUGUUAACAUUUAGAUAAGCAUGUGUUUAGUCACAGAAAGUACAUGUAGUUCUAGUAAUCAUGUCCUUUAACUGAAGCUGUGUCUCAAUUUGGAUACUUCCAUUAGUGGCAGGUAGUACACUGUGUUCAUUAUGUAGUGUUUGAAUUUCAACAGUGUAGUGUUGUUUCAAAGAUAACAGCUGUAAGCAUUGACGAUUCCAUUAUCUUUUCCUUUGUUUUAAUGGUAUAUUGCAACAGGAAAUAUAUCCAGCUACAAUAUCGGCAAUUCUGGUGGUAACUGCCAUUUGGCUGGAUACCCAAAAUAGCGACCAUUGAGUAAGAAUGGUCUAGCGUUCCACACAUAACUUUUUGACUGUCAUACGUACAACAACCAGGUACUCAUACUGCACUUGGUUUUGCCAAACUACUAAAAAAAUAUGGAAGUCCACAAAUUGAGACACAGCAAAAGUGUACCUGCUCCAGUUUAGCUUAGCCUAGUGCUAAUAACCCAGUUCAGCUCAGGACACGGCUGCAUGACAGGAUUAUUUAUGUACAUGAAUAUGUGGUGAAGGAAAAGGUGAUGCUUGUUUGACAUGCUCGCUGACAAAUAACAGGAGUUUUAAAUAAGACUUGAGAAUCUGACGGAGAGACUAAGAGUGGAAUGAGCAUUUCACUGCCUGUUCAUCCAAUAUGUGCUGUACUUGUAAAUGAGAAUAAGGCGCCCAGAUUUGGCAUGAAUGGUUUGUUUAAAAAAAUGUACAUUGAAUUUUCAGUUUCAGUAUUAUAAUUUUUUCAUUCCGCAGUUUUGUUUGAAUAUUUAGUCUUAAUUUUAAUUUAUGUAAAAGAAUAAGAAAUCACUGCAAAUGUAACACAAACUAUUAAGCUGUGUCACAUGUGGAUGUAGGAUGGGUGGGCCGAGUGUGAGUGUGUCCCUGUUUAGUCGGCAAACUCAUUACUGUUGAAUGCCCUAUUUUUUAACUGUUUUAAAUAUAGUAGUGGCCCUUAAAAUAAUAUACUGAUGAUUCAAUUUAAAGCGUAAGAGAGGAGAAUGCUAGCAAUUUUUAAACACAAUGUGUGUGUGUUGUCACAUGUGGAGGUUGUGUGUUGUAUCAGCUGGGCGAGAGGGUAGAAGGGCAGAGCAGCGGGCUAAGACUCCAUCACCUCCCUACAGAAAAAGAGAAAAUGUUUAUCUGUAAGACCGCCAAUGGAAGUCAAAGUGUACAUGAAUAAAUGUAUGGAUGCUGAAUGUACUGCAAUGUGUAGGGGGGACAUUUAACUGUAUGUGUUUGACUUGCUUGAACCAUUGCAAAGACAUGACUUUGUUCUUGUACAACUGAAUGAAGUUUAAACAGUAGGAAAGCAAUACAGAAGUAGUGUGCAUGUACGUACAUUCAAGUGUGGGUAUGUUAAAGGAACAUAGCACUGUUUUCUUUUGGUUCACCAUCUUAAAGCCAUACCACAUUGCCAACUCUGAAUGGUAUGAUAUAGGGUUACCCUUCGCUAUAUUUUCAAGGACACUGUUAGAGCCAAUUCCACAAGUCUGAAUGAGUAUGUGCUUUAUGUUUAUUAAUUCUAAUGCACAUUGAAUUCACUGCCAGUUAUCUAUAUUAGUCAUUGCUUGAUUAAAGGGUUUAUAAUUCCCUGCAAAACAGACAUGCUGCUUAAUUCCAAAUGAUGAAUCACAACUCAGGAUAAGAGCAGGAUUUCACAUUGAGUGAGAUGACAAAACGUCAUAUUGAACACACUGGCCAUUUGAUGAGUGUGAGAUGAGUAUACAACACUGCUAUUUUCCUUUAAAAUGCCCAUUUAACAGCACAAAACGUUAUCUAACUAAAACAAUAAUGUCUUUUUUUAAACUUGCUGAAUUAACUGUGUACUGAACUAACUGUCUGAUCAAGCCGAAACCACUACUCUGCUACAGAUAUGUCAAUAUGCCCAUUUAAAUGACUGUAUGUGUAUGUGGGUAGAAAUAGGUCUACUGGCUACAAUGAAGCAGACCACUGUAGGAAUAGACGUGAAAACAUAUUGGCAGAUUUACAUGCGUGCAGGCAUGCGUGCAUACAACAAACUACACAAACAACGCCUGUGUAUACAAAAACGACACAGGCCUAAUUACUGUACAUCAUGUUUAAAAGGAACUAGCAGUGUAAAAACACAUUUUUUACAUAUUUCAUCAUUUAAAAUCUGUUAAAAUGUUGAAAAUAUAUGUGGACAUUCAUUGGCCAACCAUUACCAUUCUAUAUUUAGUUUGUUAAAUCCACACAAAAACAUUUUCUAUUGGACACAUUUUUGGCCAGGUGCCAAGAAAUAUCCAGGCGAAAACCAGUAACUCCAAAUUCCUUCAACAGUAAAAAGGAUUACUUAACUGACAAAAUGACCAUUUGUAUAUCAAUGAAUCACCCCAUAUUACCUUUGAGUUUGGAAAAAAAACAAACUUUUCUUUGCUAAACCAUUUCGCCCCUUCUAAGGACUCCAGAAUGGGUGGUGCGUUUUCCAACUGCAAAACUUGGAUAACAGUGCAAGAGUUUUUAUCGUGGUAUAGUUUUGCUUUUGUUAAAAGCUGCGCCAAUUUACUUAAAAUUGUUUUUUGAUUUUUCGUUCACAUGGUGGCAUGCAAGAAGUUUUCUUCAAGAACUCAAGGUAACACGUGGUUUGUAACUGUUAUACAAAUUGUAAUUUUCUGGUGUGAAUUCCUCUUUUCUGGUGUGAAUUCCUCUUCAUAUUGAGUAUAAUGACAUUGUAGGGUUAAAAACCCAGCAGCACCCUUGUCUGAAAGCCUGGAGGUGUACAAAAUCUACUAAUUACUAUAUCAAAUUUGUUUGAACACUUGAUUAUGUACGGAGAUCGUUUAUACACCCAUGUAUCCCUCUUUUUCUUUUCCUCUCUAUUGUCCUUCUCUUUUCUUACCUCCAUCCACUGGCACAGUACACCCAGGGACGCCGUCUGACUGAUAGGUUAGAAAACAACAUUUGUUGGGAUAAGUCCUGUCGGCUGUACUCUUUGUCCCUCGCAGCAUGUCAAAGCUAAUGAAACAGCAUUCUGAUGAAGUGUUUAUUCGCACCACAGUCAACAUGAGCUCAGUUUCUCUCUCUGUUUAUAUCCCAUUCACUCUUGUCCUUCCCCCUUUCUCCAUGUUUGUAUGUGGGUAUGCAUGUGUGCUACGGUUCAAAUGUGGAUGGAUGUGGUUUCUGGGUGUGUUGUAUUAAGAAGCGCCAGAAGCAUUAGCUUGGGUAAACUGCCCCCUGCUGUACAGGACUAGCUUCAAGGCAAGCAGCUGACACUCAACAUUUUAACUAGAUUACAUUUUAAUUCAUUUUACAUUUUGGCACCAUAUCACAGGCAGCUGAUAACACUUUGAUGGUUUCUUGGUGAGCUUCUGUCACUAAAACAAACAUAACGCAAGGGGGAGCAGUAUUUUAACAUGCAGUUGGAUUUUUGUAUGUGUGUGCAGCACAACUAUAUUGAUAUCUAUGUUGAAUGGGGCAAAAAUUCAAAAGGCAACUUUUUUUGUUGACGGCAUGCCAUAAUGGACACAAGUGACAAUUACAGCAUAUAGCUAAAAUGUCACGGAACAUUAGCACAAGAAAGGAGUGAUUCCAAAGUCUUAAUUCAAAACCAUACAUCACCAAAUCCUUCAAAGUAAAUGUUAAAAAAUAAGAGGGUAUAUCUGAACUCGUGAAGCAAUUUCACAAGUUCUGCUUUUGAAUCCCCUGAUCUCAACUUUAUUUUUGAAUGUGCGCUUAGUUCGUAAUCCAUAUUUAACAUACAAUUCUACAAAUCUUGUCUUUUGCUAGACGUGACGAGAUGGAACUAAAAGACAAAUUAAAAAGAAUCUAAAAGACUGAUAAAUAUUCAAAUAUGGACAACUUCUCUCAGCCAGUCAACUUGUUUUCCAUCCGCCCUGAGUUUCCCUGGUUACUCAGAUUUAUAGGAAAUUGGCAGAGUUCUACUGUGGACAUUGGCUCGCAGCGUGAACACAAAUGCAAAUCUGUGGAAAUGUUGCUGAGAACAGACUUAUUUUGCGGUUUGAAAUGCAAAUUUGAUUUCCUUCAAGAAAACACAGGAAACUCACUGUCUCAGAUUAUAAACAAUAAAAACAAAUAUUCUAAAAGGCUCCUUAUGGAUGAUUCAAACAAGAUUGGCCCUGAAGUGACCAUUAAAAGAAGAGAUUGAGCUGAAUUUGUAAUGAAAAGAAUGGCACAUGGGCAAAACCAUAGUUUAUUAAAGUAAGCUACGGUUAGGGUUAAGGUUUAGCAAAAGACAGAACUUGUUCAUUUGUCUUAACCUAAAUAGGCAUUUCAAUCCCAAUAUCAAUCUUAAUUUAAAAUGAUACCUUACUAAAUCAAUUUAAAAGUCUUUAAAAGUUACCAACAUAGGGAGUAUAUUAAAGGGUUCUUAGGCCUCAAUUGCUGCAGUACAACACACUCCUUAAGCCAUCUGCCCAGGUUAUACUGAAUGUGUGUAUGCAUGAAUGUGUGUUGCAUUAGGACACUUGGUUCGGACCCCUACUGUUCCUCCCUCCCACCUCACACACACUAUCUGCCAAUCGUUUUUGCUGUCUAAAACUGGAGAAACCCAACACAUACAAACCAAUAAGCACACACACAGUUGUCUGAAGCAAACGUGACUAAGGUAUAUUCUUGAAAGCUCCAUCAUGGUCUUCCGGGGGAUCAUGAUGAAACACGUUGUAACUUCCUGACAUAUAGCCAUGCAGAACAGAGGGUCCACAGUGACCUCCCGGUGCCACAGUGACUGAACUGAAUGUCUCUCUGUCAGUUCUCAGUAGUGUCUCUCGCUUGCUCUCUCUCUCUCUCUGUCCCUUCUUCUUCUUCUUCUUCUUCUUCUUCUUCUUCUUCUUCUUCUUCUAUAGCCUCCAAAUGAAAUCUCUCCACAACUCACCCUCGAGACGUUGAUAUCAUUUUCUAUAGGGCUAUCUUGUACCAAGGAUACCAAUUUGGCCCAGUCUACAUCUGCUUUAUGUUUCUGUACAAACCAAUCUUUUGCUCCUCUCUUCACCCCCCCACGUAGACCUGCAGACACAGUGGUCUUUGUCUUUCUCUCUGCUUUCUCUCCCCCAUUCUUCUUUAAUUUAUUGUGAAUUGAUUUCCAAGGUCGUUUCGCCUCUGUCGCUGAUGAUAAGGUUUUCUUUUUCUGUCUUCCUUUUUGUAAAAUUGACCUUUUUUUGUUAACUUUAGUCACUGCUAAUGUAACAAAACGCACUGUGAUGAUUCCAGUAUUAAUAAAAGUUGUACUUAAACUGUG